CGUAGUUCCGGUAUAAAAAAAAAAAAAAAAAAUAAUAAAAAUACGUAAGCGACGGCGGGCGUAAACGUGUGCCAUGUGGACCGCGGAGAGAGACAGACGCGGCGCGGUGACGGUGUUUGGCGAUACAUUUGGGCGGCGGCCAAUGGGAACGCGCGAAAUAAUCGCGGAGCGAGACACGACCACAGUCCGUCCUUAUCAGUUUCUCCGCAAACAUCGGCCUCGGCCCAGACGACGUUCUCGUUCUCUACGGCUCACCGCGCUAACGGCGUGUCUAGACUUCACUCUACAUCUCUGCCUCAGAGAUAUAUAGAUACGGCGGAUAUUGUGAUAUAUAUAAAUAUAUAUACAUAUAUAAUAAAUAUAAUUAUAAACACACGUACGUGUAAGUGAUUUGUUAUAAUUUUCAGUGUUGUAUUUACGAACACACGUUUUAAUAGUAAUUAACGAGUGAUAUUAUAAUGAUCACGUAGUAAAUUUUGUAUUGUAUAGUGUUUACUGUAUACGCAAGUAUUUUUCUGUAAUACAAUAGUAAUAAUAAUACUAAUAAUUGAUAUUACGCCUUUGCCAACGAUUUCGAUUGGAUUUGAAUAUCGCGAAAAAUUAUACUGUAAUGAAAGAGCGGUCCGGAAGCUCGUUGACGAUGAUCUCAUUGUUGUGCCGUUCGCGGUUAACUUUACGGAUUUUCUGACGUUACGCUUUCAUGUAUUACUGCCAAACAUGACAUGUUAACCUCACCGAUACGGAGCUAUGGUCAUGCCAGUGUGGAAGCUUUGGACUCGUUUGCACUCUAAUAAAUCUAGAGGUAAGUUGCAGUAUUGCAACAUCAAAUAUAUAGUGAUGUUCGAUUACCUAUAUUCUUUAUGAUAAACAAAUCGAUGUUUUGUAGGGCGAAACGAUUGUGAAGAUGAUACGAUUCAAUUGGAUUUGGUAUCUAGUAAGUAGCCAUUCAUAGUAUUAAUGACUGUGUCCAGUAUAAAUAGAAUAUCAAUAUUUCCAGAACCCAGAGAGUCGUUGAAAAGGAUACUGUCUAAUUUAAUUCAAACCCAAGGGUUAAACGAUACUAAAAAAUUAUGUUCAUUGAAUGUACUUGUCAAACUUUUAUUGUCAGUAGACUCAAGUGAAAAUUGUAGUGAAAUAUUUGGUUUCUCUAAAAAUGACAUAAUGUGUUGGUAAAUAAUAUAAACAUUUAUUUGACAUAAUAUAAUUUUGUUAUAUUACCUAUGACAAAAUUGAUAGGUAUGAACACAGUGUGUCAUGUUUUUGUUCAAUAUCUUCCACAUUUAGCUUACGUUUUAAUUCUUCACUACUAUCUGCAAUACUAAUGCCAGCCAAUAAGAAGUGGAGAAAUUUGAGAAUAGGUGAAGUGAAGAAAUAUUUUAGUGGGCUGUGCCUAUCAAAAAACUGUGAUCAUACCUAUCCAUCUAUUUUGUUAUGUCUUACUAUUAUAAUUUGGGAAUUUUCGGUAGUUGAAUAAUUGUAUAUGUUUACUGUGUAGUCUAUAUUAAAUUAAUAAUUUCUAUUUACUGACCUAUAUUAAUAUUUUCAUGUUACAGCCUUACACCAAGUUUGGUAAGUGAUAGUUCUGAUGUCCGGGCAGCUGGUUUAAGGGCAAUACGACAUUGUAUUCAACAGUCAGAAGACGUAAUUACUUUAGUACGUUUGCGUUUAACAAUACUAAUAUGCCGGUAAAUAAUCAAUUUAUUUAAAUGUCUAUUAAAUCUAGUACAAUGUUAUUAAGUGAAUCAUGUAUUAUUUAAUCCUUAAAGAAGUUUAGAAUUACUGCUUGAUAAUGAAAACGAACGUUUACAAGCAUUAAGGAUCAUUCGUAAAUCGUGUAUUCUUUGUCCUCAAGAAUUUCCUAGUGCAUUCACUCAUUCUUUGACUGCUAUUGCAAUGUGUUCACAUGGCCCUACUAAAGAUCAAUUACAUAGAGCUUGUGUUGCUACCCUUUGUGAGUUAUGUAAGUAUUGAUUUAUCUUUUUGUACACAAUUUCAUUAAACAAAUUCAAUUGCAUAAUAACGUAAUAUAUAUUAAAAUUUAAUUUUUGAAAUAGGUUUGUUGAAUCCUCAAGCUUUUGUAAUUGGUUGUGGUAUGAAAGCUUUACGACAUAAUCUUAUUACAUCUGAAUUACCUUUAAGGAUGGCAGAAUGUGUCUUAGGAACUUUACUUUGGAUGUUAAAUAAUCCAGAUACUAGGAAAUUAGUGUCAUUUGAUUUUGGUCAACUUGCUUCAACUUUCACAGACUUUAAUCCAAAUACGAAGUAUGCUAUUUUAUAAAUCAAUUUGUACAAAUUGUAUUUAUUUUUAGUUACAUUUUUAGGUCAAAUGAGAAAAAAUGUUUAGCUGAAACAGCACAUGGCACUUUAGUGUCUCUACUGCGCUCUUGGAUUGGUGUUUUAUAUUUCUGUGACCCAUCGAAUGACCGAUCAAUAAGUGGGUUAUCUUCUAUUGUACAAGCUUUGCAUGUUCAAAAUUCUUCUACUAGAGUAAGUCAUCAACUUAUCUGAUUUUUAGAAAAAGAUAAACAUAAUACACAUGUAUAUAUUUUUAGAUUGCCAUAAUAAAUUUACUUCGAGAAAUCCUUGGUUUUUGCCCUGCUGAUUGGAUAGAUGAUGUGGAUACUGCAAUAGAAUCUAUUAAUCCUUAUAAAUAUCAAGACAAAUUUAGUCUAAAUAGUGGAUAUAUUUUUACAGAAGCAAUAGAUCUUAUACCUAGUUUAAGUAGUAAAAGGUAUGUUCAUCACUUUUUUACACCUUUAUAAAUUAAAUUAAAAUUAUAAGUAUAAAAUAAUUAUGCAGUUAUUUCAAUUAUUAUUUUCAAAUUAAUUUUUUUCAGGGUAAAUUUAGUUAAUCUGCCUCAAUCUCUUUUAGUAAGUUGUUUGUUAGAACUUAAACUAGAUGAAGCUCUUGUUCAAGUAAUACUUACAUCUGAUAAAGUUCUAUCCGUACAAUCAACAAUUCUUCUUGGUACUUAUUACCUCUUAUUAAUAAAUAAUAUGACACUAAAAACAAUAAUUUAUAUUUGACAUUUUUAGGAGAGUUCCUUCAUCUAGCAGAUAGUAUAGUUCCAAAUAAUAUUAAAUCAUCACUGUCUGAUUUAGUUGCAUAUGCUUUAGAAGGUCGACCAUUAUUGAAAUGUAUUAAUUAUAAUAGUAAUAAAGUAAUUGAAGAAUUUGAUCAAGUACUAUGUUCAUCCGAAGAUCGGUUGAUGUUCUACCCAGUCAUUACUGUUCAACCUGAAAAGUCUGAAAUAUUUAUAGGAGAUGAUUUAAAAAAAAAUAAUGCUAUGACUGCCAUUUCUGCUUUGGCUAAAUUAUACAAAACACUAAACCAUGAACCUACUCCAGCUACCAUUGGCUUAUAUCAUGCAAUGAAUUUAUUUGGUAAAAAAGUUAGUAUGCUAAGAUAUGUGGCACUUAAGAAAAAUUCAAAAAAUAAAGGAACCCAAAGUGUGAUAACUAAAGAAUGUGAAGACUUUGUCAAAGAAUCUGGAGUUUUAAUUGUUAAAGACUCAGUAGCUUGGAAAUGGGAUCCGAUACGUUCUGCUCUCAAAGUAAAUGUAUAGUUUGGUCUUUUUUAAAAUUUAUAACUUCUAUGAUUAUUAUCCAUAAUUAUUUAUUUCAGACAAAAAUUAAAGAUGUAAACAAAUUGGACGAUAUCUGUUACAAUUUAUUCAUCCAAAGAUUAAUUGAAUAUUUUAAACCAUCAUCUAAAAUGUAUGGUGAUGUUGAACUUAGACCAGAAGUUCUUCCACUGAACUUAUUUACAUUAGCGUCAUUUGAUUUAAUUGAUGAUUUAAUGGAUGCUCCAAAUGUAAGUUAUUUAAUAUCCUUUAAGUUAGAUUUAGGUUCAUUACAUUGUAUACAUUAAAAAUAAAAAAAAGGUUUCUUUGUUACACAAAGAAUAUUGUUGUAUUGUGUAUUUACUGUUUUAAUAAUGUUAAAUUAAACAUGUUUAAUUUUAUGAAAUUAAUAAAUAUUGGUUUUAUUUCACUUAAAAUUCAAAUAUAACUUUUAGAAAUCAAGAACUUCACAUACUCGUGUAAUAUAAAUUGUUGUUGUACAUUAAAUAUGUCAAGGUUUCCUAAAUGUACUUUUUAUUCAUAAUUUUCGAAAUUGAUUAUUUACUAUGUAUCUAUUGGUAUAAUUUUAUAUUAGGUAUGAUUAUAGAUUAAAUAAAAUAACAAUGUAUUUUUUAUCUACUAAGUUCAUACUAUUUUUUAACAGGAAAGUGGAGAAUGUUAUCUAAAUGAUCUACUGACUGAUAUUCAUGCACAAUUAGAAGCAUUAACGUCUUCCAAUUAUUCUUAUAGUUGUUAUUUAAAUCCUCAACGUUUAUCUGUGACAUUGAGUCAACAUUAUUUUCUAAUGCUUGGACGAAUAAGCUCUACUGAAAGAGGACGCUAUUGUCUAGAUAAAACCAAAAUUUUUCCUUUGUAAGUAAACUUUUAAUUAUAUAUUCUAUGUUAAUAUUAAUGUAUUUAAAUUGUUUUAUAAUGUUUUAAAAUUUUCUAUGUAAUACACAAAUGUAUUAAAUAAAUAUUUUUUUUUUCUUAGAUUAUUGAACAUUGCUGUAAAUACUAAUAUAUGUUGUUAUGUCAAGCUCAUUAUCUCUUGUUUAGAUUACACUACAGAUUCAUUUCCAAGGUAAUAAAAUAAAUUGUGAUUCUAUAUUCUAUUAUGAGUUUAUUACAAUCAAUUUUAGACUAAUAAUUAAUCAUUAUUCAAUUAUCAAUUACUUUGAUUGCAAUAUGAUCUCUAAUCUGGAUUUAGUAGAAUUAAGACAGCAAUAUUUAAACAUUGUAAAUCUAUUGAAUUAUUAUCAGAUCAGACAAUCAAUCUGAUUUUUUAAUCUGGGGCCAUGAUAUUACUGUUACUUUUGUUUAUUAAAUUAUAGUACAUUAUACAUUUUUUGUUUUUAUAUUGAAUUAUUGUGAAGUAUAAUUAUUAUUAAACUAAUAUAUUUUAUAUUUAGAGUAUUAUUAGGACGUGUUCUUUCCUGUUCCCAACAAAAAUCUCGAUUAUAUGCUACACGUUUUUUACGUGUACUUUUACGAUUCAAUGCCCACCGUGCAGAAGAUGUAGUGGCAACUGGUUUUUGGAUACUUGAAUUGCUCAUAUCCCAAACUUCCGAUGAUAAUUCUGUUGUAUCUAUGGCUGCUCUAGAUGCUCUUGAUGAAGCUUGUGACUAUAAUGUAUAGUUAAAAACUACAUAAAUUGACCAUGAAAUACAUAAUAUAUAAUUGUUUUAUAGGAUUAUUUGAUAAUGUUAAUUGGAUUGAGGCCAAACAUUAUUCAACUAGGAGACAGAGGAUUACUAUUACUUGUACGGUUUUUGUCAAAUAUUGCUGGUUACAAAUAUUUGUCUGAAUCUGGGUUUGUUACUAGUCAGUUGUAUAAUUGGGGUACCAAUUUCAAUUUUAGGUAGUAUUUAAUUAAAUAAUAGUAUGAUAAAUAACUUAUUGUAACUUGUUGUUAACCUUUUAUUUUUAGGUAUGUUUUAAUAGUUGAAGGGGAAGUACACAAUCAAUUGACCCUUCAUCAUCGUCAUGAAGAUGGCCACUUUAAAACUAGACUUGCUAGUGACAUGUCAAGAAAUCAAAUUCCUAGUAUUUGUUUACCAGCACACCUUUAUUCUCAAAUGGCCGCACAUGAUAAUGGAUUUCAAGCAGUUGUCGAUGAUAUUUAUUUUCAAAUAAUGUUUCAAUUAGUUCUUAGUCCUACCAAUGAAACACUUAAAGAUCAAUUAAAUUUAAAAGCAGCUUUGUGGGCUGUUGGCAAUUUUGGUAGUGUACCUCAAGGAGCUUGUUAUUUGUCUAACAAAGGUGUUUUGGAAGCCAUGUGUACAAUAGCAGUUUCAUAUCCAGUUUAUUCAAUACGAGCAACAGCUUUUUAUGCAUUGGCUUUGAUUAGUUCAAAUCGAGCAGGAGCAGCUCAUCUAAGAAAUUUAGGUUGGAAUGUAUUGAGUAGGGUUCUUUUAGAAGAUGAGUUUUAUAAAAUUAAAGACCAACGAACUGAUUCUAAUUUAGUAUCUACACCUUCUGAUAGUUCGCAAGUAUGUAUUUAACAUACUUAAAAUUAUUUAACAAAUAUCCAAAAAUAAUUAAUAAUGUUUAAUUUUCAGGGCCUUGUAAGUGACUGGGUAGAUGAUGUUGUUUGGGAUCCAACUGCUCAAGGUUCUGGGAAAAAAAAAUGGUCAACUUUACCUUCAAACUGCGCUUCUUGGUCUCGUCAACAAUACCACUUAAGAAGUAUGAGCGAAAGUAAAAAAAAUGAUGAUAACCAGCACUUGGAACUAUCUAGCUCUCCUCCUGAGAAUAUGUUAGUGUUUUUAUUUUUCUGAAAAUGAAUACCAAAUAUUAUAAUCGUAAAAUAUAUUCUAUGGCUUGUUUUAUUCAGGUAUGCCAGUUUUCGGGUAAGGUCUGACAGUAAUUGUACAGUAGACAGUAGUACUAGUGGAGUAAGUUCUGGUGAAUCAGGAAAUUGUACCCGCUAUACAGAUUUUAGUCUUUACCAGUAAGUUUGUUUUUUAUUUCAUGUUAAAAAUUAAACCUUUUUUUAAAUACAUGAAUAUUUUAUUAUAUUUAGUGAAAGAUAUCAAACAUUAAGUCCAAUACCAAGUUCAAGUUCUUUGUCAACUAUCCAUCAUCAAUCUCCUUCCAAAAUAUCUACCUCGGAAGGUAAUUUUUACUAGUUUAUGUUUGAUAUUUCCUAUUGAAAUAUACAUACUAUAUGCAUUCUAGGUUCUAAAUUACCAAGAAGAAAUUCUUUUGGUUAUAGAACGUUAAAAAUGAUACAGAAAGGUAUGAGUCGGAAAAGUAGUUCUAAAAAUAUGACAACGCAGUGUCAAUCGUCAGCAGCUGAUAUGUUUGACAUGUUGGCUGAACAAGAAAUGGAUAGAAUGUCUCCAUUAAUUCGACCUAGAGAAUUUAGACAAUCGUUCAGUACAGAUUAUUCACCGUAAGUACUAAGGGUACAUUGUGUAAAAUGUAAUAUUUAUAGAAAAUUAGAUUAUACUUUUUUUAUUUUUUGUUCAUAGAUUUGAUCCUGAAUCUGAGAGGAUUUCUCUUAACUCCAAUAAAGGUUGUCAUAAUAUUAUUAAAGGUAAAUUAGAUAAAUUUAUAUAUUUUUUUUAUGGAUCUAAGUAUUUAUCAUAUUUUAUGUUGAUCUUUAGAUCAGUAUAAUGAGUUAAGUUAUGGCGGAAUUGCUUUACCAUCUGAUCUUGGUAUGAUUUUUUCUAAUAUUGAAAAAGAAUGCGGAUCUGUUCCUACUCCAGCUACACCAGAUUGUGAAGAUUCGUCUUCUUGUUUUAAGCAUUUAUCAACUGGUAAAUAUGUGUUUUAUUUUUGUUUUUGAUCAAUAUUAAUAGUUAAAAGAUAUUUGAUUUUAAUAAUUAUAAUUAAGGCAUAAUUUGUUAUUGAACCAGUUGGUGAUCAGUAUCUGAUUACAUAAGUUAUAUUUCUAAUGAGCUUCCAAAAUUUGAACCUAGAAGAUUUCAAAUGAUUUUGAUUUUCAAGUAGUGAAAAUUUCAUUGUUGAAAGGAAUUUUUGGAAAAUGUAUAAUGUAUUCAAAGUUUAAUUUUACAAAAUGUAUUUUUUAACUUUAGGUUCUGAAGCCCUCAGUACUGAUGAUUCAGAUACUGAAGAAGUUAUAGCUGAUCCUUUACCUGUUAGAAGACAACGGAGUCACAAUCGUUCUAUGUGUAUGUUAUGUUCAGUUAAUGAGCAUAGUAAUCGAACUGCAACACGUAAUAGAAAAGUAUCAUCUAGUUCCCUUAGACGAUGUCGAACAGGUAUAUUUAUUGAUUUUAUUUUCUAUACACAACAAACAGGUUACAUAUCUGAAUUUUAACAUUUUUAUCUAGCUAAAAUUAUGAAAAUUUGAUAAAAUUAUCAAAAAUUUAAUUAAAAAGUAUUCUUUAAUUUUAGAGACUGAAAGUAGUUACGGCAUGGGUGUUGAAGGAGAAAGCCCAAUAUUAUUACCAUGGCAACACAAUAAGUCUUCAUGUCUUCAUGAAGCUUCAGGUUUUGGUACUGGGAGUAAUGAAAGUGGUGCUAGUUCUGAUAUCAGCAGUAAGUUUAACAUUUAAAUUUAAAUAAUUUCUAUUAUUAUUGUUAUUAUUAAUUACUAUUGACAAUUAUCUAAUGAAAAAAUAGUUUAUUUCUUUAUUAUUAUAUUCUUAUUGCAUCACUUGACCGAUUAGUAUGUUUAGACUUGUCUAAACUACUAAUUUUGUCCAUGUGUAACUAACACAGACAAUCUCCUGUUUCAUUUCCUUAAUGAAACUGUCUUUGUUGUUUAAAUUAAUAAUUAUGCCAACCUAAAGUGUGUGAACAUGGUGGAGAUUAACAAAAUGCUCAAUGAGUAUUAGUUUCCUAAUAUUACAGAAUCAAUUGAAAAUUCAAAUUUCCACUUAACUGAAAAUUGUUAUGCUUGGAUGAUUUUUAUAUUUAUAUUUUGUUUGCUCAUGUUUUUUCAGUGAAGUUACUUAAUCAUAAAAUUAAAAAGAUAUUUGUUAAAUACAAGGUAGUUAAAAACCUAUGUAAACUUCUAAAUGUGUGCAACACCAGAAAGUUAAAAAUUGAUAAAAAAUUGCACAUCUAUUGUUGAAGUAACUAAAAUGAUUAUAAUAACUUAAAAUCGAAUUGAAAACUGGCGAAUGUCUGGAAAAUAAGUAACGUCCCUAAAUUAGUUAUAGUGAAAGUACUCGGAAAGCAUUGACAUAAGAAAACUUGUUAAUAAACUCUUCUUCUUCUGAUAUGUUUAUCAUUAAUUUGGGGGUUGGCCACUUUGGUUUUAAUUCUUCUCUGGGCUCCAUUUUUUUUUUUAUCAUCAAUACUUAUCCCGCAGUCCUUAUAUUACCACUCUAAAUUAUCUAUCUAAUCACUCUAUAUACUCCUAUAUACUUAAAGUACUUGACGUCUUUUCUUUAUUAACUUGUAGUUAAUUAAUUUAGAACACACAGAUUUGUAAUAAUACAUCAUAAGAUGAUCAGUUCAAUUUUCAUUGGUAACAUCAAUUUUAUAGUCUUGUUUUUUUUUUAAAUCUACAACUUGUAAUACUCUAGCUUUGUUUAAUCAUAGUAUGAAUUGUAGAUUGUAAUAAACACAAAAAAACAUAUCAAAAUUAAAAAUUAUAAAUAGGUCUAGUGCAGAGGUCAACUUUAGCAGAUAGAAUUACCAAAAGUCGUUCAGCCCUGAGACGAGAUAUAUUGAAACUCGUUGAACAAUUACCAAAUCCUGUUUUGUACAAAACUUCAACUCAAAGUCUUUUACAGUAAUUUUCAUAUUCAAUUUAUUUUUUUAAUUAUCUAUGUAACAAGUUAUUUAAAAAAAAAUUUUUUUAUUGAUAUUUUGAACAGAAUGAAACAAAUGUACGGUGACUUGUUUCAUGAUAUAUGUGUUUACUCAGAUGUGUGUAAUUUAUUAGCUGAACAUCAUUAUCAUAUACAAGCUAGACGUUACAUGCAUGAACUCUUCUUAGAUGCACCUUUUAAAGAAGUAAAUUAUAGUGUUUUAUAAAAACGCAAAAUAAUUUUUAAUUACUGUAUUUCUUUUUCAUUUUAGUUGCACGAAGAACCGGCAUCAAUAUUAGGUCGCCAAAGUCCUUUAGAAACUUUAAAUACAGAUUGUAUUUUUAAUGAUGAAGUAGACAAAGGACACGGGGAGAAUGAACUCGAAGUGAUCAUGGAAGCUGAAUUGGAACAUAAAAGGUUGUCUUCCGAAGUCACGGCAGAUUGGAAACCUCCUGCAAGCAGUACUAGGCAGCGUAAACAAACCGUGUACGAUUCUUCUAGUCAUCGAUUACAAGAAUAAUAAUAAAUAUAAAAAUCAAAUAGGUGGUAUUAAAAAUAAUAAUUAAUUGUUUUGUUUUUUAAAUUUAAUUUAUACAUCGUUUUGUUCCCAUAAUAAAUAUAUAUAUAUAUAUAUAUAUAUUUAUAAUUGAAUAUGUACAAAUUAUGAUUACAUUAAAUGAUAAAUAAAUAUUACAUACAAUUGUGUUUUAUUUACAAGCAUAAUGUUAUAAUUUAUAUAUAAAAGGCACUAAUGAUACAAUGUAUUACCUAUAUAGUGAUUUUUAACAUUUUUCUUUAGGUUAAAUUACCCAAAGUUUAAUCCAAAUGAAUGAGCUCAUACAUUUAAAAAAAAAAUUUCAUGAAAUUCAAUUAAAAUUAAAUUUAGAGGAUUACAUUGUUACAUAUAACAAAAAUUAUUCGACAUAUUGUUUGUAUAAUAGCAAAAACUUGUGUUUUAAGUAAAUUGAUUUAAGCAUUGAAGCCAAACAAACUGUUAGUUUGGACAGCAUUUCAACAGUUUUAUCAUCUCCAGAGAUAAUGAUCGUUAGUUUGUUCAGUGUUGAUAAGGCUUACUUUGGUUUGUGACCAAUUCACAAGAGGUUUGGCUCGCAAAUGUUUACUAGGGUUUAUUUUUUUAUGAAAUUUUCAUAACUUAUAAUAAUAUUUAUCUAUAAGGAAAUAUUUCAUCAACAGCCAAUGAACUGCGACCCGAAAGUGAGAUUUUUCUCAUAAAAUAUAUUUUCAGGUGUAUGUUUACUGUUCAUCAAUUUGAAUAAAAUAAAAAAUAUUAGUUAAUAUUUGGGAAAGAUAAAGAAACUGAUUUUACUGAUGAAUGUGUCACUGUUGUUAGUGAGAAGUUUUGAAAGUACAUAACAAUAAAUCAAUGCUUAUGAAAUGCGAUUCUGAGCAAAGUUUGGUUAAAUAUGUUUUGAAAUGCAAAGUGCUUUAGAAAUAAUACUCAAAAUAAUUUGAUUGUUACUAUCUCCAUUAAAAUUUGAACUAAGAAAGCUUAUAAUUGCUUGGAAAAACGAAAAAAAACUUUCAAUAUACCAAUGCGCUAUAAAAAAGCUCUCUUCGUUUUGGAUUGGUGCAAGAUUUCUAUUAAAAAAAAUUGGCAAAAAACACAUAGUAAGUACCAAUUAUUAUAACAUCAAAUAAAUAAAUAUGUAUACGUAUAUAUACUCUAAAUACAAAAACAUGUAAUAAACAUAUAAAAUUGAUAAAUAAUUAUAUUAUUAUUAUUUUUUUUUUCAUUAAAUAACGCAUAUAUUGUAUUAUAGUCAGCACUAUUAUGCGAUACGCAUUUUUAAAUAUUCGUAAAUAUAAACAAAUUAAAAAAAUGACUAGUAUUCUCCCUUGUGAUAUACCCGCAUGUGCUGCUGUGUGCGUCUUACAACUGCGCGGAAUAAUAAAUGAACUACAAACAUGACCUAUUAUCAAACUUAAAGGUAAGAACAUUAUUUGUGUCUUGUCAUUUUUUUUUUUUUUAGUAAUUUUAAUUUUUAAGCAACAAUAUGAGUGUGAAAUAUCCAUUGAACUCUAUGUGAUGUAUGUAUAGAGUGUGUUUUUUUUCACCAUGAACCAGUAAUUUUCUCUGAAGGAUUUUGAUUUCUGUUUUUUCUAACCAUUUGGAACCUUUUAAGCUUUAUUUCAAAACCAUUUAAAUUUCUAUCCCUACUCCAUAUUUAAGGUAAGUAUCUAAAAUAAAUAUAUACUUUUGUUUUUCAAAUAGAAACCUCCUUUUUGAACACAGAUUUGAAUACAGAAUUUUUUUUCUAGACAUCUUGAUGUGCAUGACACUAAUAUCAGAUUUACCGUUUAAAGUUUAGACUAGAGGAGUAGGGUAGAUUGCAAUCACAUAAUUUAUUACCCUUUUUUACUCCUCCAGUUUAAAAUUUAAACGGUUAGAUUAGGUUUAAAAUCCUUAAAGUUAAACUUUAAAAUCCUCUGAGAAAAUUGCUGGUUCAUGAUAAAAAAAAAAUAAAAAUCACCUUGUAUAUACAUAUAUAAUAUUAUCAUACAGAGUUCAAUAGAAAUAUCACGAUUUAAAAAUGCUUAAAUUUCGCUCGAAAAUCAAAAUCACGAGAUAAAAAAACACGACGCAGAUAGGGAAUGUUUUUGCCUGUAAGUAUAGGAUAACCGGCGUUUCAUUCUUAAAUGUAAAAACUAACGGCACAGAGUUGUCCCUGCUAAACGAAAACGGCGUCUCGCAGUCGUAUGACGGUGACAGUGCACGACGCGAGCAUUAAAGUUCUCAUAACGACACGGCCCAACGAAUGACCACGCGCGUACAGGUCACUCUCUGAACUUGGCCUUGAUGUAAGCGGGCAACGGGGCCACGUACAGCAACACGUUGAACACCAUGGCGGCGACGGGGAACACGAAGCUGGCCACCAGGUUGAUCUGUGGGUCGGCCACCGCGGCCGGGUACCGCUCGUUCACGUACGAAUCGCCGUCCGGAUACCGGCACAUGAACGUGUCGGCCGCCGGUAUGGUGCAGUUUUGCUCGGCGUUCUGCGGCAAUCCCACGUACUGCCGGCGGCCGUCGAACGCCUGGGCCGUCAGGUACGCUCCGGCGUACCGGCUUUGCAUCGCGUACGUGAUCCACGACAGCCAUUCCGACAUGCCCCGGUACGAUCUAUAAGCAACAUACGUACGCACAUACAAAUUGGUAAUAAUAAUACGACGUUCCACAUUGUGAGUGCACACAAUAAUAAUAUUACAUUAAUAUUAUACAGGGUGAUUUUUUUUAUUGUGACCAGCGGUUCAGUGGCGCAACCAGGAUUUUUUGAGUGGGGUUGGGGGUGUCACAUUGUCUUCAAUUGGUAAAAAAACGUUUUUCU